GAUUUUAAAUAUUAUUAGAAAACCCUGGCCGCUAACAUUCGAAGCUGCAAAACAAGGAAACCUUGCGUUUCUAAACAUAAUUUUGGGCGCAUAUCCUGAUCUCGUAUUUGAAGUUGACGAAACCAUUACAGCAUAUUUCAUUUUGCCGUUAUGUAUCGUCAGCUUAACAUUUUCAAUAUCAUAUAUGACAUAGGUUCAUUUAAGGAUUUGUUAGUACAGAAGACAGAUAAAAAAAGGAACAACAUCUUGCAUUUGGCCGCAAAGAUUCCAGGAAAAUAUAGGCACCACACGGAAUCAGGUAAAGCAGCCGUCCAACUGAAAGAGGAGUUGUUAUGGUUCAAGAAAGUGAAGGAAAUUUUGCAUCCAUGGGAUGCUGAAGCUAAAAAUAAAAAAGGGAAAACUGCCAGAGCUUUAUUUAUUGAACAGCACCAAGUGCUGAGGGAUAAAGCUGAGAAAUGGAUUAAGGAGAUGGUAAGCGCAUGCCUUAUGGGGGCAAAAAUUAUUGCCACCGUGGUUUUUGCCGCAGCUUUCACAGUACCAGGUGGCACCAAAGAAGAAACAGGGUCUCCGAAUUUAGUUCGAAGAGCUUCCUUCAUACUUUUUGGAAUAUCAGAUGCUAUAGCAUUACUAUUAUCCUGUUUCUCCGUACUAAAGUUUUUAUCCGUUAUCUAUUCCCGAUAUGAAGAAGAAGAUUUCAUUUUACACUUGCUUUAUGAUUUGAAAGUGGGAUUAAGCUUAUUUGUAUCAUCAGUAGGUGCAAUGAUGGUAGUGUUUUGUGCAACUAUGUUCAUUGUCUUCCAACAUGGGAUGCUAUGGGUUCCUGUUCUUAUAACGACAAUGGCUGUUUUCGCAUGCUUCGUGUACUGUGAGAGAUUACUGAGGGCCAUUGUAGAUGUACCGCAUCCUGCCACAGCAUCUGGAAGUCCAUUUAAGGAAGAGAAAUAACUCACAAUAUUAGAAAAAGAAUUGAACAGUAUUAUU